UCCAAAAUUUGCGAAAAAAGUUAAAUACGUUCUUACAUUGUCCGAAUUAGCUAGACAUGUUCCUCUUACACAGAUUGACAUACCUCCAGCUAUUUACGAAUAUAAUUUAAAAUUUGAAGAUAAAAUUACAUUACCACGUUUACGCAAUUAUGAUGAAGAUGGACAUUUGAUGUUUGGAGUUCCUAUUGAAAAACUAAUGGGGGCUGAAGGAGAAAAUGGAUUACCAAGAGUUGUUAAAGACUGUGUCACGUAUAUAAGAUCAGAAGGGUUGGAAACUGAAGGUGUGUUCCGUAGAUCACCUAGCUCUGUAUUAUUAAGACAAGCAAAGGAAGCAUAUGAUCGAGGAAAUCCAAUAAAUUUAAGAGAUUAUGGAGUCCAUGUCGCAGCAGUUCUUCUCAAAAUGUUUUUUAAUGCAUUACCUGUACCAGUUUUCCCCGUGGAAACGUAUGAUAUCCUCAAACAGAUAACGCAUAAACCAAAUUAUUUGGGAAGAGUUGAAUUUAUUCGUAGUAGUGUUUUCCCUUUAUUAUCCCCAGCAGUAGUUCUUGUCUUAAGAUAUGUUUGCGCACUUCUUGUUGACAUUCCAAAGCACAAGAUCGUAAAUCUAAUGACACCACAUAAUCUUGCAGUAAUGUUUGCACCAAAUUUAGUACAUAGUGGCAAUCCAUUAUUAGAUGUUAGUAUGUGUGCUUUGAAUGUUAACGACGAUACUAAUGGAGGAGGUGUUGGUAUAUUAAUGAAGCUUGCAAUAGAACAUUUUGAUAUUAUGUUUGAAGGAUACGAAGAUUUAAGUAUUCGAAAUAGAAUAGAGAAUGGAUCUAUAUCUGCAUCAUCAUCUAUGACAUAUUCUGAGACACCAAAAACUCCAAGCAUAAUUAAUACAUCAUCAUUUUUUACAAGUCCAUCAACACCACCAAAAUAUCCAUCAGUUAAAAAGAUGCGAAGUCUUGCAGCAUUAACAACUUUAACGAAUGAUCCAUUUCGAGUUGGAGCAGGAGUUGAGAUUAGUGGGAUCAAAGUGCAAGGAACAGUUACUUUGAAUCAACUAAUCCGCUAA